GUGAUUAUCUUGGGAUACUAACUAAAAGCAAAGAAGACUUGGGAUAUAUUUUUUUUCUAACUUGAAAGAGAAAGUCAAAAGACUAUGAGUACUUUAUUUCCUCAAAUUAAAAAUUGGACUUUAAGGAAUCCCUACUCUCUAGAGCAUUAGCACGGCAGUUUAUAUCCAGAUGUGAAGGUUCUAGUCUUGCUUUUCAUUUAGCCUCUCCCAUAUUCAACUGAUUCAUGUGUUAGAAAGUCUGUGUUCACAUGUCCUCCAUUUUCGGUCUCUGCGCUUUUCGCAGGUCUCCCAACAGCGCUAUGUUGGGACAGAGCAUCCAGAGGUUCACAACCUCACUGGUCCAUAGGAGCCAGCGAAGAAUUUGCCAUUUUCAGUGGUGGUUGCUAGUUAUGAUAACUCUGUACUUUGGAUCUGGAUUUGCCGCACCUUUCUUUAUAGUAAGACACCAACUGCUUAAGAAACAAGGAUGUUUUACUUAAUCCAUGAAACAGAUAUGAAGAGGAGCACUUUAAGAGGUGGAGUCACUUUGAAAAAUGGAUCAAACUGUUGAACUCAACAUACUAGGUAUGUUUGUAAAUAAACUUACAGCAUGAGUUCUUAAUGCCUCUUCUGGGAAAUACAAAAUGUGAUAA